AUGAUAUGCAAGAAAGGAGUACGGAAGGGUAUGUCCUCAGGGGACUUCGGCUUGAACGGUUCAACCAUGGCGACGAGGAAGGAUUGUUGCAAUUUAGGCUCACGAGAGAUGGCUGCGAUGUCCUAGCAGCAACGCUUCUUGUGUCCGACCCGUCUGAGUACCCAAAGAACCACAUCUUCUUUGCUUCCUCUCCAAGUCCUGACACGGAAUAUGGAGCUAUCCUCGAGGAAGUAUCUUCUUGGGAAUCCCGCACUAUUGAAGAGACCGUAGAGAAACUUACGAGUCAGGUGGCUAGACGGCUCGAUGCUGCGCACCGAGGUGAUGAUAUCUCGGACGAGGACACGGAUCUCGACGAAGAGUUCCAGGAAUAUGAAUCUAUGGACGAGAGCUUCAUUCAUCCUACCAAAACUUUCACGAAACAGUCCCUCCAACGUGAUUUUCUCGAAGUGGUAGCGUCGGAUUAUCGACCAGGCAUCUUGUGCAGCGAAACCAGCGAAUUCAUCCUCACGGUGUCAACCCCCGUCGUAGCUUUGAACAUCCCAGGCAGAGCACUGAUGGCUUGGGACCGCCGUCUGCUGUCUAAGUCGCAGCGCCUCACCCUCGUCAUUGCGGGGUUCCAGGGAGUGUAUCCCCCGCUGACGUCUGAAGGGGAUUAUCGGCUGCCUCUACGGACGGGUGCGCUCAAGUUCAGAGUGGGCUUGACGAAACGGUACAAACCCGGCAAGGAGCAAGCUCAGGACGCCGUUCGAGAAUACGCCUUGGUCUCCAAAGACGAGGAGCCUGAGCAGGAUCCAACCAGUGUUGAUAGCGAUGAGGAUGGGACAGCGGACGAGUGUGCGCCUCAGACGUUGACUUCUGAGCCUGUGUCUACCGGUGGUGAGGAAGACGAAGGGAGAUUCGACAAGUUCAGCCUCAGCGAAUCGCUCGAUUCAUUGAUGAACCACACGCUGAUGCGAGUCAUCCCCCUUCGACUCAAGUUCGGACUGGGGUGGGCAGGGGCUGAGUCGCUUCUAGCGGAGGUGGAGAGAUCCCAGCGGAGGGCAGAAGAUGUGUAUUCCUCCAUGAAAACGGUUUUGAUUGCUGCAGAUAAAGAGGAAAGACAGCUAGCCGAAUCAUACGCCUUUCCCUCAGAUCCUCUAUUAGCUCGUGAGGAUAGCAGCCACAUCAAUUUGCCUUUGGUCGCUUUCUCAUAUCUGGUGCGGCGGUUGAUGCUCUGUACCCGGUACUGUCUCGUAUGCCACAAUAAGCUAAACGUAGACUAUGAAGCUCUCAAACCCUUCGUUUGCGACUCCCAACUGUGCGGCUACCAGUACUACCUCCAUAACAGAGGCCCAUCAUUGGAGUAUGAGAUCUGCACUAAUCCUGCCUCGGUCGAUCUACUCUUGUCCCUCACUUACAUCGCAGCAGCGGAAGGCGUGUUGGAACAGCCGCUGCCUACAGGUCUCGGGCUACGGGUGCCUAAACCCGUGGCAAAAGGAACGGGACAAGUAGCAGUCGGUUCCAAUAAUACUGGAAUACAUUUGCCAAUGACCGGGGUCACGGCCGCACCUAUCAUGGUACCGCCCGUCCCUGAGGAAACUGGGCUACAGGCCACUGCUGGCGACAGCUUGGAUCUCGUAGACUUCGACACGCUGAGUCUUCAGGAGAUGUGCACAAGCAUUGUCCGGCUAAUUGACAGCCUACCAUCGGUGGAUGACAUGAAACAGCACCUUGAGAAGAAAGUGAAAGUAGGGAAGGCGAAGCCAAAGCUGAAGGAUAUAGACCCAUCCAUCCUUCCAGCAGCUUGGUCGGUCGUGAGAUGGUGUGUGGGAUCGUGUACUGCUCAUUUGGAAGAAAUCACGUCCAAAGAAGACAUGGUUCAGAACAUUGGUAUUGGCUGGAAGCAAUUCCGCUUCAGCGUCGGCGCACCGGAUGCAGAAGCUAAGUUUCGGGCCGCUUUGCGAACAGCGCAGGGACAAGAUCGGAACGCCGUAUUAUAUCCGUACCUUUAUGCAUUCCAUGGCUCGCCUGCAAAAAAUUGGCAUUCUAUUAUACGGCAUGGUCUGUGGUACAAGACAAUUACCCAUGGACGUGCUUACGGCCACGGCGUCUAUUUUGCCAAGGAGGGAGAAACCUCGACAGCGACGUAUGCACAGCCAACAACCACGGCUUGGAAAAACAGCAGCAUAGCACCUUCGAACUGCGCAGCUCUGGCCGAAAUCGUCAACUUGCCCAGUCAAUUCACGAGUGUAGCUCCAUAUCUUGUGGUUCCACACACGCACUGGAUCGUCUGUCGGUACUUACUUGUCAAGGGACGAUCGAACGAAGAGGCAGAAAUCAUGGAAGCGGACAACAAUCCUACGAUACCACUAGUCAAGUUGGACCCGCAACAUCCGCUCACCAUGCAUAGGCAGAAGAUAGCAAUUCCUGAUCCAUCGUAUAAAGUCGAUGCCUUGUUCUCGCAACGAAUGCAAGAAAUUGGUGAGGAGGAGAACGAUGAGGAGGACAGUAGUAUCUUCCUUGCGUCCGAGACCAGCCGAGCAAGAUCACAAAACCCGAUAGACGUCGACAUGGACGUUGAUGACGACAUUAUGGCUUCGACGGAUGAGUUUCAAACGAGGCCUGUGGAUGAUUGGAAACACGACCCAGAAUGGGUCGCGUCUUGCGUCCAACACUUGAUGCCACCCCCAGUCGAAGCUACUCCUAUGGCGACCGUCUCCAUUCAGCGGGAGUUGAAGGCCAUGUUGAAGGAACAAGAGAACGCUAAGAGCCUCAGGGAACUAGGAUGGUAUAUGCCCCCAGAACUCAUCGGAGACAAUUUAUUCCAGUGGAUCGUGGAAUUGCAUUCGUUUGAGAAGACUCUUCCUAUUACGCAAGAUAUGGCUGCUAAAGGCAUUAAUUCACUUGUCUUUGAAAUACGAUUCCCUCCCGCUUUUCCUCACUCGCCGCCAUUCUUCCGCAUCAUCAGGCCACGGUUCUUACCCUUCGUCCAUGGUGGCGGCGGCCACGUUACGGGAGGAGGCUCGAUGUGCAUGGAUCUGCUGACAGCUGACGGGUGGCUUCCAAGCUACAGCAUAUCCUCCGUCCUCCUGCAAAUACGGCUCGCUAUUUCGAACCUAGACCCCCGGCCUGCUAGGCUUGACGCACGUUGGACUAUUCCAUAUGGAAUGCAAGAGGCGCUCGAAGGUUACAAGAGAGCUGCUGCCACUCAUGGUUGGAAGAUCCCCGCAGGGCUGGAAAGGCUGGUCCAGUGAUGCUCCACGAUCGAUAUAUCUGGGUCAUGACCCAUUAUAGUUAGUGUUGCGUAGUGCGUGCUGAUGCAGGAUUUCGAUGGCUUGACCUACCCGAUGUAGUAUAGUCGUCGGCCCUUCGAUUCCCCAAUAUUCGACUGUCA